AUGGGAAGCAGCGCCGACGAGAAGGAGAGCAGUCCCCUGAGCUCUGACAGCGACAGGCGCUUUUCCUUGAGUUACAUCGGCUGGACAGCGAUGGAUAAGCGGACAACACUGCCCAUGCUGCCCUGGCUUGUAGCGGAUAUUCGCAGGAAAAGUGAGAGGAAUGAUUGCGCCUCCCAAGUUCAGCCCAGAGAUGUCCAACUGGUCCUCAACCCCCCUGUCUUACGCUGUGUCCCCUCCAACAAUAACAACUCUUCUGUAUUCAUUUUUGAGCACAAGGCCCAGCUCAUCUCUCGUUUCAUACAUAACAGCAAUGACCUUUCUUACUUUGCCUAUCUCCUGCGGGGACAACCUGACAACCCUGAGUCAGAGAUGUCCUGUCACGUGUUCAAGGCCUGCGACCCCAGACAGGUUCCAGAGGUCAUCAGCAGGAUUCGACAAGCGUCCAAAUCCGUCUUAAAGGAAGAAAACAAUCCUAAACAGGAAACGGAAGCAGCGUUCUACAAUUCCACAAAGUUUGAAGUGCUUUACUGUGGGAAGGUAACAAUUGGUCAUAAAACGGCUUCAUCGACCCUAAUUGAUGAUUGCAUUGAUAAGUUUCGCCAGCACGAGGUUGAACGCAAGCGCCGUCUGCUUAAUGGCCAGCGUGGGUCAACAGAGAACACAGCAGUGGAGUUUUUUAUGGGUGCAGAGACGGAUCCACUGUCCUCCGUUUUGAAAGCAAACACAGAAGUGCCUGCAGCGGGCGAAAUACCACUCGGAGGAACAGGUAAAGUCAUAUCCAACAGUGCCAGUCAGAGCAGUCUACGCGGGGCCUUCCCGGAGUGCAUCCUGGAGGACUCCGGCUUCGAGGAGCCUCAGGAGUUCCGCACUCGCUGCAGCAGCCACGCCGGGAGCCUCCAGAAGAAACCCGGAGAUAAUGUCAUUCUUGCACCUACUCGCCGCCGCCACGCCAGUGCUCCAAACCAUGUUCAGCCUUCUGAUGCUGACAAAAACCGCACCAUGCUUUUCCAGGUUGGAAGAUUUGAAAUAAACCUUAUAAGUCCAGAUAGUAAGACAGUGGUGCUGGAGAAGAACUUCAAAGAUAUCUCAUCGUGCUGUCAGGGUAUAAAGCAAACUGACCAUUUUGGCUUCAUUUCCCGGGACCAAUGUGAAGGCGGUCCUAGUCAGUAUGUCUGCUAUGUGUUCCAGUGCGCCACUGACUCUUUGGUGGAUGAGGUGAUGAUGACACUGAAGCAGGCCUUUAGUACCGCUGCAGCCUUACAAAGCAGUAAGACUCCGAUCCAGCUGUGUGAAGCGUGCCCCAUGCACGACCUGCACAAGCUCUGUGAGAGGAUCGAAGGUCUCUACCCACCAAGAGCAAAGCUGGCAAUCCAAAAAUAUCUCUCCCAGCUCAAUGACAACGAGCAGGUGGACAUCUUUGAACGAGUCCAGAAGCAGAAACCAAGUUCAGACCAAGAGGAAAAUGAGCUGGUCAUUAUCCAGCUGAGACAACUGUGUGAAUCAAAGCAAAAAACUCAUUCACACCUUGGAGAUGUUCCUCAGAGUUCAGCCAGUAGCUCAGCAGUCGGAGAUGGUGCAACCAGCGGCAGUCGUUUCAAACUGGAUCUCCUCAAGAAUAAGGCUCGCUCUUCCCUCACCAGUUCUCUGGAGAACAUAUUUGCACGGGGUGCCAGUCGGAUGCGAGGCCGAUUAGGAAGUAUAGGAAGCAUUGGGAGCUUUGAUAGGCAGGAUGAGGACUCCCCAGACCACACACCUCCUGGUUCUCCUCCUCACUUUCUGGAUGACGACCCAGAGGCAGGCCCCCAGUUCCGUCGGCGCGCUCACACCUUCAGCCAUCCACCUGUGAAGAAACGCAUUUCCUUUGAGAGCCACCCCACCGGCCAGAAACACCCUCCUCUACGCAGACAGCAGUCUAUGAACCCCGAGCUGCUCCAGACCAGUGUGGUGGCCGUCUCGAGAACACGCAGUGUUUCGGAGAGUGACUCUACCUUCAGCCUCACCUCUCCCUUCUCCGCCCCUACUUUCCUGAAAAGUAUUUACCAGGGCUCCCUGGGCUCCCUUGGCUCCCUGGGCUCCCUUGGCUCCCUGGGCUCCCUGAGCUCCCUCAGCUCUCUGGCAGACAGUGGGAGCAACAAGAGCAAUGGUGAAGGCAGGAAGAGGACACUGUCUGUCUGCAGCACAGACUCCCUGAGUGCGUUGCCGCUGACCCCACGCCGUGUGUCCUGGAGACAGAAGAUCUUCAUGAGAGUCGCGUCUCCUAUGAACAAGCCAACGGUGUCUAUGGAGCACCCAGACUCUGACUCCUCUGAGCUGCUGCCUCUAUCCCCCUGUGCUCUGGUCUCUGGUCCAGACCCACUCGGCCGCCUGGUGCCCGUAAGCAGACACCACGCACCUGGGGAGAGGCCCAAGAGGACGGGGGCCGACUACAGGAUUCUCUGGAAAACUGCCAUUCACCAACAGAUCCUGCUGCUGCGAAUGGAGAAGGAAAAUCAGCGGCUCGAGGCGAGCCGUGAUGAGCUGCACAUCCGUAAGAUGAAACUCGACUACGAAGAGGUGGGUCAGUGCUUCAGGGACGCUCAAGGAUUGUGGGAGAAGAAACUGUCCGCUCCAGGCAGAACCACGGUCCCGCAAGACAAAGAGGAGAUUUACCGUGCGGUCUGCCAAGGUGUUUCAAAGAGCCGGCGUGGAGAGGUGUGGCUGCUCCUCUCUCAUCAGCACCGACUCCGACACAGACUUCCCCAUCGACAACAAGCCCCUGACAUCCUCUAUAGAGAUCUCCUGAAGCAGCUCACAGCGCAGCAGCACGCCAUUCUAGUGGAUCUGGGUCGGACCUUUCCUACACACCAGUACUUCUCGGCUCAACUUGGGGCUGGACAGCUCUCUCUCUACAACCUCCUGAAGGCCUACUCUUUGCUGGACACAGAGGUGGGCUAUUGCCAGGGCAUCAGUUUUGUGGCCGGAGUGUUACUGUUGCACAUGAGUGAGGAACAGGCCUUUGACAUGCUCAAGUUCCUCAUGUACGACUUGGGAAUCCGCCGUCAGUACAGACCGGACAUGAUCUCUCUACAGAUUCAAAUGUACCAGCUCUCCAGACUGCUCCAUGAUUAUCACCGCGGCCUGUACAAUCACUUUGAGGAACACGAGAUCUGCCCCAGCCUCUACGCUGCUCCCUGGUUCCUGACACUGUUCGCCUCCCAGUUCCCUCUUGGUUUUGUUUCUCGCCUAUUUGAUUUUGUCUUUGCCCAAGGAACUGAGGUGAUCUUCAAAGUGGCCCUGUGCCUUCUCAGUAGCCACGAAAGCGAGAUAAUCAAGUGUGACAACUUUGAAAGCAUAGUGGACUAUCUGAAAACUACACUUCCCUCACUCAACCAGGCCCAGAUGGAGCAGACCAUAGCAAAGGUGAUGGACAUGGAUAUCUCCAAACAGCUGCACGCGUAUGAAGUGGAGUACCACGUUCUGCAGGAUGAGAUGUUGGAUACAGGGCCACCUCCUGAUGACUCGGAUCGCCUCGAUAAACUAGAGAAAACCAACGCACAGCUAAAGAAACAAAAUAUGGAUUUACUUGAGAAACUACAGGCGGCCCGUCAGAAGAUCCAGUCCCUGGAGGCCAGUGUGGAUAGCUUCCUUUCUCGAGAGAGUAAAAUGAAGCACAUGAUUCGCUCUCUAGAGCAGGAGAGGGCAGCCUACCAGAAGACCAUUGAACGCAUGCGCUCGUGCCUUCCCCUCGACGCCCUGACAGAUGUUGAGAUGACCCAGAUCAAAACAGGACCAAAUGGGAAAGCCAAAACUGCAGCCAAGAACCCAUGA